AUGACUUCGAGCGAGAACAGCCUAUACGAUAAGUGCGAGCGCCUUACGCUCAUGCCAGCAGGCAGAUUCUUCAAGCUGGCCCCCUCUUGGGAGCAGACUCGCGUCUGGGCCAUCGACAUUCACAGGACCACCAUCUGGGAGGUGUGCCUGGACAUCAUCCGACAGCUGGCGGUGUCCGCGCUGGAAGCGAAGAAAUUCGCAAAGGUCACAGAGCUCGAUUUGGGCUCCACCAAGCAGCUUUCGUAUGAUCGGGCCAUCCCUGAAACUGCUGAGCCAGAGGAGGUACGCCCUUUGGCUGGCCUGGCCUGCCAGGCCUCCGCGGAGGCAGAUAAGACGCUCAUCAAGGACUCGCCGCAGGCGUUCGCGGUGUCAAAAAGCAAUGCUGGUCGCAAGGAAGAGUGUAAGGCUCUGUACAAGCCUGUUGUGCUGAGUAAUUGCGACCAGAUUCUGCCGUUCCUUUACCUCGGCGGCGUUGAUGCAGUGGUAGACACCGAGCGCGUUGUGGACCAGGGGAUUCGUGCAGUCGUCUGCUGCCUUCGGGACCUGGAGUUUCCUACGAGGGACUUCAGCAAUGAUCUCGAGUACUAUCGGGUGGACGUGGAGGACAUCAGCAGGGAGCCGAUCGACGCGGCGGUGGAUUCUUCCCCGAGGCCACCGCCUUCAUCCACUCCCGGGUGUCUCGCGAGCAGCCCGUGCUGGUCCACUGCCGCGCGGGCGUGUCCAGGAGCGCCUCGGUGGUGA